AAAGGCCACCUACGUCACUACUACCUGUUGCGUUGUUUGCUGUAUAAAUGCAUAUGUUGAUAGCCCUGAGAAGCAUUUUGAGACACACACAGACAACACGUAACUUUAAAAAUAUAUGAAUUUGCAAGAAAAAAUUGUACCAAGGUAAAGGUUUAAGGAUAGAAACAAUGGAUAUUGGAACGUUUUCAAAAAUGUUGAUGGUGCAUUUGGUGUUAAAUUGCUAUGCAAUUGUAACUGUGACUGCAAUUGGACAUACAACUGUGACUGGAGCCACAACGACUGGAGGAACAACUGUGACUGGAGCCACAACGACUGGAGGAACAACUGUGACUGCAGUCACAACAACUGGAGGAACAACUGUAGCUGGAGCCACAACAACUGGAGGAACAACUGUGACUGGAGCCACAACAACUGGAGGAACAACUGUGACUGGAGCCACAACGACUGGAGGAACAACUGUAACUGGAGGCACAACAGUGACUGGAGCCACAACAACUGGAGGAACAACUGUGACUGAAGCCACAACGACUGGAGGAACAACUGUGACUGGGGGCACAACAGUGACUGGAGCCUCAACAACUGGAGGAACAACUGUGACUGCAGUCACAACAACUGGAGGAACAACUGUAGCUGGAGCCACAACAACUGGAGGAACAACUGUGACUGGAGCCACAACAACUGGAGGAACAACUGUGACUGGAGCCACAACGACUGGAGGAACAACUGUGACUGGAGCCACAACAACUGGAGGAACAACUGUGACUGGAGCCACAACGACAGGAGGAACAACUGUGACUGGAGCCACAACGACUGGAGGAACAACUGUGACUGCAGUCACAACAACCGGAGGAACAACUGUGACUGGAGCCACAACAACUGGAGGAACAACUGUGACUGGAGCCACAACGACUGGAGGAACAACUGUGACUGAAGCCACAACAACUGGAGGAACAACUGUGACUGGAGCCACAACAACUGGAGGAACAACUGUAACUGGAGGCACAACAGUGACUGGAGCCACAACAACUGGAGGAACAACUGUGACUGGAGCCACAACGACUGGAGGAACAACUGUGACUGCAGUCACAACAACAGGAGGAACAACUGUGACUGGAGCCACAACAACUGGAGGAACAACUGUAACUGGAGCCACAACAACUGGAGGAACAACUGUGACUGGAGCCACAACAACUGGAGGAACAACUGUAACUGGAGGCACAACAGUGACUGGAGCCACAACAACUGGAGGAACAACUGUGACUGAAGCCACAACGACUGGAGGAACAACUGUGACUGUAGCCACAACGACUGGAGGAACAACAGUGACUGGAGCCACAACCACUGGAGGAACAACUGUGACUGAAGCCACAACGACUGGAGGAACAACUGUGACUGGAGCCACAACGACUGGAGGAACAACUGUGACUGCAGUCACAACAACAGGAGGAACAACUGUGACUGCAGUCACAACAACUGGGGGAACAACUGUAACUGGAGUCACAACAGUGACUGGAGCCACAACAACUGGGGAAACAACUGUGACUGAAGCCACAACGACUGGAGGAACAACUGUGACUGGAGCCACAACAACUGGAGGAACAACUGUGACUGAAGCCACAACGACUGGAGGAACAACUGUGACUGGAGCCACAACCACUGGAGGAACAACAGUGAAUGGAGCCACAACCACUAGAGGAACAACUGUGACUGGAGCCACAACAACUGGGGGAACAACUGUAACUGGAGGCACAACAGUGACUGGAGCCACAACAACUGGAGGAACAACUGUGACUGAAGCCACAACGACUGGAGGAACAACUGUGACUGGAGCCACAACGACUGGAGGAACAACUGUGACUGGGGGCACAACAGUGACUGGAGCCUCAACAACUGGAGGAACAACUGUGACUGAAGCCACAAUGACUGGAGGAACAACUGUGACUGGAGACACAGCGAUUGGAGGAACAACUGUGACUGGAGACACAACCACUGGAGGAACAACUGUGACUGGAGCCACAACCACUGGAGGAACAACUGUGACUGGAGCCACAACAACUGGGGGAACAACUGUGACUGGAGGCACAACAGUGACUGGAGCCACAACAACUGGAGGAACAACUGUGACUGAAGCCACAACGACUGGAGGAACAACUGUGACUGGAGCCACAACGACUGGAGGAACAACUGUGACUGUGGGCACAACAGUGACUGGAGCCUCAACGACUGGAGGAACAACUGUGACUGAAGCCACAACAACUGGAGGAACAACUCUGACUGAAACCACAACGACUGCAGCAACAACUGUGACUGGGGGCACAACAGUGACUGGAGCCUCACUGACUGUAGGAACAACUGCGACUGGAGCCACAACAACUGAAGAAACAACUGUGACUGGAGCCACAACGACAGGAGGAACAACUGUCACUGGAGCCACAACGACUGGAGCAACAACCCUGACUGGAGCCACAACGACUGAAGGCACAACUGUGACUGGAGGCACAACUGUGACUGGAGCCUCAACGACUGGAGGAACAACUGUGACUGUAUCCACAAUGACUGGAGGAACAACUGUGACUGGAGGCACAACUGUGACUGGAGCCACAACAACUGGAGGAACAACAGUGACUGGAGCGACAACAAAUGGAGGAACAACUGUGACUGGAGAUACAACAACUGGAGGAACAACUGUGACUGGAGCCACAACGACUGGAGGUACAACUGUGAUUGGAGCCACAACGACUGGAGGAAUAACAGUGACUGAAGCCACAACGACUGGAGGAAUAACAGUAACUGAAGCCAUAACGACUGAAGGAACAACAGUGACUGGAGGCACAACAGUUACUGGAGCCACAACAACUGGAGGAACAACUGUCACUGGAGCCACAACGACUGGAGCAACAACCCUGACUGGAGCCACAACGACUGAAGGCACAACUGUGACUGGAGGCACAACUGUGACUGGAGCCUCAACGACUGGAGGAACAACUGUGACUGUAUCCACAAUGACUGGAGGAACAACUGUGACUGGAGGCACAACUGUGACUGGAGCCACAACAACUGGAGGAACAACAGUGACAGGAGCGACAACAAAUGGAGGAACAACUGUGACUGGAGAUACAACAACUGGAGGAACAACUGUGACUGGAGCCACAACGACUGGAGGUACAACUGUGAUUGGAGCCACAACGACUGGAGGAAUAACAGUGACUGAAGCCACAACGACUAGAGGAAUAACAGUGACUGAAGCCACAACGACUGAAGGAACAACAGUGACUGGAGGCACAACAGUUACUGGAGCCACAACAACUGGAGGAACGACUGGUACUGGGGCCACAACAGUUACUGGAGCCAUAACAACUGGAGGAACGACAGGUACUGGAGCCACAACGACAGGAGCCACAACGACAGGAAGUACAACUGUGACUGGAGGCACAACAGUGACUGGAGCCACAACGACUGGAGCCACAACGACUGGAGGCACAACUGUGACUGGAGCCACAACGACUGGAGCGACAACUGUGACUGGAGCCACAACGACUGGAGGCACAACUGUGACUGUAGCCACAACGACUGGAACCAUAACGACUGGAACCACAACGACUGGAGCCACAACCACUGGAGCUACAACCACUGGAGGCACAACGACUGGAGCCACAACUGUGACUGGAGCCACAACGACUGGAGCCACAACCACUGGAGGCACAACUGUGACUGGAGCCACAACCACUGGAGCCACAACCACUGGAGCGACAACUGUGACUGGAGCCACAACCACUGGAGCGACAACUGUGACUGGAGCCACAACCACUGGAGCCACAACUGUGACUGGAGCCACAACGACUAGAGCCACAACCACUGGAGCUACAACCACUGGAGGCACAACUGUGACUGGAGCCACAACGACUAGAGCCACAACCACUGGAGCCACAACCACUGGAGGCACAACAACUGGAGCCACAACCACUGGAGCCACAACGACUAGAGCCACAACCACUGGAGCCACAACCACUGGAGCCACAACCACUGGAGCCACAACCACUGGAGGCACAACAACUGGAGCCACAACUGUGACUCCAAGCACAACUGUGACUGAAACCACAACUGGCACAACCACCAGUCUCUCUCCAACUACAACUGGAGGACCUACAACAGCACUAGCAACUACCACAACUGCUGUUGCACCCCGUCCAGCUGUAGUAGUUGUUCUUGCAGCUAUAGUGGUGGUGCCGUUCGUACCACAGCUGACUGACCCAAAUAGUCAAGAAUUUAUGGACCUUGCUCAAUUGAUUUUUAUCAUAUACGAUAGGACCUUCAGAGCGAGAUACAACACAUACAGUCGCUGUGUCGUCAGACGCUUCAGACUAAGUACACGACUAUUGCGAGCUGAUCGGGUGGAGUCGGAUGUGGACAUUGAGUUUGUCAACACAGCGACGUCAGAGGAAAUUCCCAGUUCGAACGAUAUAGAGACAAAUUUAAGGACGGAUUUGGAAGAUCCAGCCAACAACUUCACUUUAGAAUUUGAUACUAGCUCUAUCAGAGUCACUGAGAGAAAUGAAACAACGACAACUGCUGCACCCACCGAGGCACUCACAUUACUACGCUUGACAUUCCGUUCCGCCGGAGAGGAGUUCACGACAGACUUGCUAAAUCCGUCUUCCCCUGCGUUCCAAAGUCGCGCCACCCUCAUUAGGUCCAUACUUCAGCCUAUCUACCAAAGAGGCUUUCCUUCAUUCCGAUCUAUGACCGUGGUUUCAUUCAGUAAUGGCUCCAUCAUCAACAACUUAGACUUGAGUUUUGCAUCCGUGUCGGUGCCAAGCAGCACCGCCAUUGCAAAUAUUUUGAUCGUUGCUGCCCCGCAAAUCACUGCCUUCAACGUGGACACCUCCUCCAUUUUUGUGAAUGGCGCUCAAUUUUCCAGCGGAGUGAGCCACAAGACAAGCAUCAUCACUGCAUCCUGUCUAGCGCUGUUGCCAUGGAUACUAUCUAACCAUUAAUAGUAGCAUUGUUGCGUUCCUGUCAAAUAGGUUUAACGAUGCACACUCCAGUAUAGAUCCAUAAAACUCUUUAUUCUCAUAACAUCCUGACUUUUGAUAUACUUUUAUUUCCUGUUAUCAACUCUGAUUAUGGCUUUUACUGCCAUAAAAUGUAGAUUUUAUCAUUACUGUUACAAUUGUAUUUGUAAAUCUGAUUUUAAUAUUUAGAUUUUGUUAUCACAAAAUAUUUUUCUUUAUAAAUUACUUAUUUUUAUUCUUUAAAUAUUGUUUUUUUAUUCUUUAAAUAUUGUUUUGCCAUUACGUGUGCAUUGACAGCUCAAGCAUGUUACAUGGACCCCGAGCAGUGUAUUGUAUUUUAUUUAAGUCCGCAUAUAAUAUUACGAAAAUAUAUUGGAAUAAAAUAUUUGAAAAAU